AUGGGCCAGCAGAAGAACCGGGCCCGCUCAGGGCUGUGGACGCUGCACUGCGCGGCACUACACUUCCCAGCAGCCCCCGCGCGCCCGUUUUCUCGCUCCCUCUCUCGCGAGACUUGGCGGCGAGGUGGGCGCGCACAGCCCGCGCUUCCUGUCCCCGUGACGACAUGGCGGCAGUGCGGGUGGCGGUGGCACCAUGUGGUCCACCAAGGGGAAAAAUACCCUUUACACUCACCUUCCCAGGAGGCUGAGUCUUUCACUGGGCUGGCAGUAGGUCUGUAUCAGCAGCACAAAGGAGGAAAACAUCGUGCAGAACCCUGGGCUUAUAUCGUCCCCCAGAGACAGCUUUGGCGAGAAGGCAGCUGUGAAGUUGGACCUCAAAGUGAAGAUCAGUUCUGUUCACUGAUGGGCUGGACCAGCAGACUUGACGACAGCAUACUUCCGUAGGAAAUAAAGGUUGGUAUAAAGAAAGGGAGGGGAUGUUACUACAGCCAGCGGAGUGGCAGCUUUGUCAAUACAGAUAGGUUCCAAAAAGCAGUCACAAGGAAAAGCACGUGGGGCUUUGGGCUUCCAAGGAGCAGGGGAAAAAAAAACAGAGUGUACUUUUGGUCUUAUAAGGGAGAAAUGUGUCCUCUUGACUCAAUAAUGCACAUCAUUGGGAGCUUUUCAGCUGAUGGUUGCUUCUUCUCUGGCCUUCUUUUCCACAGGACCUGAUCUGCAGCUGGCUGGAGGAAGGAGCAAGUGGUUCCUGCAGUCUGCUGCUUCAGAAUAAAACGAAUCAUUGAAAA